AUGUCUGCUGUCCAUCGUGGUCUGCGAACAGCAUCCAAGCAGCUUCGCGUGCUACGUCUGCCUACCUCUGCGCCUACCGCUUCCGCUCCCGCCUGCUCUCCCUACGCCGUGGCCCGAUCCGCCCCCGUCGGCGCUCGUGUCUUGACCGCUGCUCAAUCCUCCACGUCGUGCAGGGGCCUUUCCACCUCCGUAUCUCGGCAAUCUGGUGCGCCCGUCAUGGCUUCUGAGCCCCGCGAGUACGAUCCCGAGAUCAAGGACAUCGCCGACUAUGUCGCCAACAAGACCAUCGAAUCUGAUCUUGCCUUCGACACUGCGCGAUGGAUCCUGCUCGACACUCUCGGCUGCGGCCUUGAGGGUUUGAGGUUCAAGGAAUGCACAAAGCUGCUUGGGCCCAUUGUUCCCGGAACCGUCGUUCCCAAUGGUACCAAGGUCCCUGGAACGCCCUACGUCUUGGACCCCGUGAACGGCGCUUUCAACAUCGGCGCCAUGAUCCGAUGGCUCGACUUCAACGACUGCUGGCUAGCUGCCGAGUGGGGUCACCCCUCGGAUAAUCUGGGUGCGAUUCUGGCCGUCGCAGACUGGAUCAACCGCACCAACAAGGCUGGCGGGAAUUUGGCCCAUGGCAAGAUCUUCACGGUCAAAGACGUCCUCGAAUCCAUGAUCAAGGCUCACGAGAUCCAAGGCUGCUUGGCCCUUCUCAACUCCUACAACAGGGUCGGUCUCGAUCACGUCGUGCUUGUCAAGGUCGCCUCCACCGCCGUCGUCUCCAAGAUGCUCGGUCUCGGCGAGAAGCAGAUCGCCGAUGCCGUCACCCAGGCCUGGGUUGAUGGACAAUCCUUGCGAACGUACCGCCACUCCCCCAACACCAUGUCUCGAAAGUCAUGGGCUGCCGGUGACGCUUGCCAGCGGGCUGUCAACCUGGCCCUCAAAGUCAUGAAGGGCGAGCAGGGCGUCCCUACUGUUUUGUCUGCGCCUACCUGGGGCUUCUACGAUGUCCUCUUCAAAGGCAACAAGUUCCAGUUCCAGCGUCCCUAUGGUAGCUACGUCAUGGAAAAUGUUCUCUUCAAGGUCUCCUAUCCCGCCGAAUUUCACUCCCAAACCGCCGUCGAGGCCUCGGAGAAGAUUUUCCACCAGCUCAAAGCCAUGGGCAAGUCCGCUGCCGACAUCAAAGCCGUCACCUGUCGCACCCACGAAGCCUGCGUCCGAAUUAUCGACAAGCAGUUCAAACCCAUGGAUAACUUUGCCGAUCGUGACCACUGCAUCCAGUACAUGUGCGCAGUCAUGCUGGCCUUUGGUCGUCUCGAGGCCACCGAUUACACGGACGGAGGCGAGGCUGCCACCUCGGAACUCGUCGAGUCCCUGCGCAAGAAGAUCAAGUGCGUCGAGGAUCCGCAGUACACCCUCGACUACCACGACCCCGCUCUCCGCACCAUCUCCAACGCUCUCACUGUUGAGCUCAACGACGGCACCGUCCUAGAUGAGGUUGCCGUUGAGGCUCCCUUGGGUCACCGUCUUCGUCGUGAGGAGGCCAAGCCUGUCAUUCUGGCCAAGUUCAAGCGCCACCUGUCUCCUCACCUGUCCGAGAGCCGCGUCCAAGAGCUCGUUGAACUGAGCCAGAACAGCAGCAAGCUCGACAACAUGUCUGUUGAUGAGUAUGUGGACUUGUAUACUGUCAAGGAGAGCAAGUUUCUGUGA